CACAUAAUUCAAAUCAAUCCAAACAUAUUUUUAACGGAGACGCACUUUCGCCAAAUUCCCGCUUCUCCGCGAUCACCCGAACAUUCUUCGAAUGAUUUAUACAGAAAUAGAAUGAGUAAUGUUGCGACUGCCGGUCAGUUUCCGGUGCCUAAUAAUCUUCACUCUGGAGGAGUUCCGAAGAAUAAAUUGAAGCGGAAAACUCCCUCGGAGUUGAGGGGGGAACUACUGAAGAAAAAGAAUUUACUGGAUGGCUCAGAUGAUUCCGGAACUUCUACUGGUUCCAUGAGAAAUGCUGAUGGAGCAGUUUCUGAGAGCAACAACUCUGAUCCAUUAAAAGCGGUGCAAUUGAGAACGUUGGAUGAACACUUUCCUGUCACUAAAUCGAGUAGGCUUUUUUGCAGAAAGGAAAUUCUCAAGGAAAAUAUUCCUAGCAAGUGUGUUGGCAGCAUGAAGAAUUCAAGUCUCAGUUCAGAUUCAAAAGAUAAACAUGAAGUGCAGAACUCAUGUUUGGAGGGCACUGUUGCUUCAGAAGAUGGCAAUGACACUUCAAGACAAAUUAACAACUCAUCUGACAAAUGUAUUACUAAUACUUUUAAGAGUGUUCGAGAUUUAUCCUUUGGGGGUGGAAUGAUAUACAACUCCACAUUAGUAGACAUGGGUAGAGCUCUAAAAGGACUUGUUUCAUGUGAACCUCAUGCGGCUUCUGCUCCACUUGCUCGGCCUAUGCAUAGAUCAGGGAAUAUGGUGCAUCAACGCCUUUCAGAAAUCCAUAUACCUGGGCAGAAAAGUCCCCUCGAUUUGACACUAAAAACUAGUAUGCGUGUGCUGUCAUCAUCAUCUGUUAAUUGGUUUCAUAGGUUAAGUAAUUGUGCCACUUUAUAUGUCAUGGGUCUAUUUUCACAUGAGCAUUUCCAAGGCCAAAAUAUGACCUCGGCACACCCUACCUGCACCAGCCAAAUCGCAAGGUUUGGGGUAUUUCAUUCUUGGGUGCACCCCCAAUCCAGUCUACCCCAUGUAGUUAUAUCAGCAUUGACAUCUGCAGUAGGAGGGCAAUCGGACUUCCUAAGUAAACGGCAGCAGGGAUGGGAGGAUUCAUUUCGAAGUCUCUACUACAUGUUACGGAAGAAAUUGUGUAAAAUAUUUUAUGUGUGCACAGUGCACUUUGUAGCUAUGUUUACCAUAUCUGAUGGCCCAAACAAAACUAAGCAUCCUUGCUAUGCCUAUGUGUCACAAUCAACGAGAAGUCUGAGGUCACUUCUGAAAGAACAUGAUGCUUCAUUUUCUAUGCCUCUUUGCCACUCUAAAGUGGAGGAAGUCACUGCAGAAGACCUAGUUGCACUUUCUGAAAUUGAAAGAAACAACCUUGGAAAGACGCGAGCUAUGGAGUCCCUGAUUGGAGUUGAUAAUACUCCACAAUCUUUGUUAAUGUUUGCUGGGAGGAACGUCCAUGCUUUGUAUGAUUUUUUGUUAAAUUAUAGAUCCCUUUACACCCCUUUGAGUGGUACUGAUGUACCUGUUCUAUAUUGCCCAGUUCUUUUUGAAAAUGCUGCACUGUGUGCUCCUGAGGUCAGAUGCAAACAGGUUAGAAGGGUUGAGAUGAGAAGUUCAACUCCAGGCAUUAGCUAUAGUAUUGAAAUUAGGGAUGCAUAUAUUCCGCCUUGGGUAAUUUCUGGAGUUUGCGAUACUUUGCGCUCAAAUGGGGGUGACUUUCAAGCCAGUUUCGUGACGGAGUCCACAUCUAUUGGCUUGAACGUUGGUCUAGACACAGUGACUAACCAGCCUCCCCAGCAAGCCGAGGCAGGUAUACAAAUGGGUGAGAACGGAUUUUCUUUUGGUAUUCCGAACACCUCUCUUUCCCUUCGAAGACAUUCUGCCUUUUUAAAAGGACUGAAGUAUGGUGAUACUUCUUACACAGCCUUCCUAUCACCGAUUGAUUAAGGUUUAGUAUACAAGCUCUUUCAUAUCUGAGUCUGGAACUGCUUGUUUGUAGGUUCUGGUCAAUCACAUUUUGUUUUCGAUGCAUCAAUAGAGACAUUUCAGUUUCUCA